AUGGCUCAACCAAAGGUCUUUGUCUGCGGUGUCACCGGCACACAAGGCGGCGCCGUCGCUCGCAGCCUUCGCUCUCAGAACGUCGCCGUCACCGCCCUCGCCCGUGACCCGUCUUCGCCUCAAGCCCAAGCUAUCAAGGCCCUGGGUGUCGAGCUCUUCCCCGGAAAUUUCGACGACUCGUCUGCCCUUGCACGGGCCUUGGCCGGCUGCACCGCCGCCUUUCUCAACUUCAGCCCCGACUUCAACGACUGGACCGCUGAGCUGCGCUGGGCAAAAUCCAUCAUAGCAUCUGCACGGAACGCAGGGGCGAAGCACAUUUUAUACUCUAGCGGAUUUGCCGUGAACGCCCCCGAGAAACUUCAAUACUGGGACCCAAACAGCGUCAUGGCCAUCGUACUGCUUUCGAAACAGAGCAUCGAGAAGGAAGUGCGCGGUGCGGGCUUCGACUACUGGACCAUCUUACGGCCGGGCAACUUCAUGGCCAACUACUUGCCGCCCAAAGUCAUGAUGUACGGCGACUUCCCGCAAUCAGGAGUAUGGCACACGGCUCUCCUUAAGGAGACUAAGUUGCCCAUGAUUGACGAGGACACUAUUGGCCGCUUCACAUCUGCUGCAAUUCUUAAUCCCACCAAGUUUACCGGCCAAGAGAUUGAGAUUGCCGACGAGCUUCUUGGCCCUGAGCAAAUUCUCGAAGAGCUCUCAGCCACUGCUGGACGACAACUAAAAGCCGAGUAUAUGUCAGACGCUGUUAUUGAGGAGAAGAAGAGCAACCCUUUUAUUCUCGGACAAUUUGCCAUGCGAGACAUGGUUCAAUUUGUUGACAUGGAGAAGGUUAAGAGCUGGGGGGUUCCCUUGAGCUCAUUCAAUGCCUAUCUUCAGAGAGAGAAGGACCAUAUCAAGGAGACUUAUCAGCAGGCUGCCUAG